AUGAAAAGAGGAAGAGCAGGAACAUUAAAAAAUAAAAUGAGGAUUACAUUAUCCUUACCAGUAGGAGCCUUAAUAAAUUGUUGUGAUAAUAGUGGAGGAAAAAAUUUAUAUAUUAUAGCUGUGCAGGGUUUUGGAUCUUGUCUUAACAGAUUACCAGCCGCCUCAUUAGGUGAUAUGGUUUUAGCAACAGUAAAAAAAGGAAAACCAGAUUUAAGAAAAAAAGUCUUGAAUGCAAUUAUUUGUCGUCAAUCGAAAGCUUGGAGAAGACAUGAAGGUUAUUAUAUUUAUUUUGAAGAUAAUGCUGGUGUUAUUGUAAAUCCAAAAGGAGAAAUGAAAGGAUCAGCUAUCACAGGACCUGUUGCUAGAGAAUGUGCUGAGUUGUGGCCAAAAUUAUCAUCAGCAGCAUCUGCAAUUGUUUAA